AUGAUCUCAGUGUACCAAGACGUCAUUGGGCAACUCCCAAUACUAAAGACAUACAAUCACGGCACUCUGGGCUUCAAGAUUGAAAAUGAGUCCGACCGAGCGGAGAUUGUUCUGGCUUUGGAAGAUGCUACCAGAAACCUCACAGCCAACUUUCCCUGGCUCGCCGGAGCUGUGGUCAAUGAGGGAAGUGGGCCAGGAAACUCUGGAACCUUCAAAGUCGUCGAUUGGCCAGAAAGUGCCAGUUCUUCAAAUGGAAUCCUAUCUGUCAGAGACUAUACGAACCAACUUCCAUCAUUCGCAGAGUUCGUUCGUAAGAAAGCUCCCUGCUCAAUGAUUGAUGGAAAGCUGGUAGCCUCCUAUCCAGGGUUUCCAGAAAGCUAUCAAGAUUCUGCGGAGAGGCCGUCGCCGAUACUCGCCAUACAGGCCAACUUCAUCAGAGAAGGGCUGCUGCUAAACUUUUCCUCGCAACACAACGCUAUUGACGCAAGCGGAAUGAUGCAAGUCAUCGGCCUUUUCUCAAAAGCAAUGCAAGGUACUGAAUUCAGUUCUACUGCUAUAAGGGAAGGCAAUCGUGAUCGCAACACGCUCAUACCCCUCAUUCCACCCGGAGAACCCAUCAAAGAUCAUAGCCACCUUCAGAUCCCACCGGAUUAUGUUCCUUCGCCAGCUUUCUCCUUUGACCAGGUAGCUCGGUGGGGCUACUUUCUUAUGGAUGCCUCGGCAGUCCCCAAAAUCAAAGCCGCGGCCUUGCAAUAUCAAGAAAAUGACCCAUCUGUACCGUUCAUCUCCAGCAAUGACGCGUUGAGCGCAUUCUUUUGGAAGUGUCUCGCUGAUGUUCGCACGCAAAAUGGGCGAUCACCCAAGAUGGUGACCAAGUUUCUGCGCGCGAUUGACGUGCGCAGAGCGAUGGCUAUUCCGCCCGAAUAUAUGGGGCACAUGGUUUACCAUGCCGCGACACGGAUGACCUUCAAGGAUCUCCAGGAAAGCCAUAUCUCGACCGUCGCCCGCAAGCUGCGCACGGAUCUGAAUGAAGCCAACAACCAAUUCUCCGUUCGGAGCUAUGUGACCUACAUUGCUAACACACCCGACAAAUCGCGGAUAAUUUAUGGGGGUUUGUUCAAUCGAGACACAGAUGUUGGGGCGUCUGCUGUGGCUAAUGCUGAUUUUUUCCAUUCUUUUGGUGUGAUUGGUAGGCCCUUGUUUGCAAGAAGACCUGACUUGGCCCCAAUCCCGGGUUGUGUGUAUUUUAUGCCGCACGAAGCCCAGCAUUUACCUAUUUUGGUCUGUUUGCGAGAUGAUGACAUGGUUGGGUUGAAGAAUCAUCCACAAUGGGGCAAGAUCACUGAGUUUAUAGGAUAG